UGAAAGUGGGUUGGGACAGAGAUGGCACCUGGGGGUUCUGAGGCACUGGCUCCUUUCUGAGACUGACAAGGAUCAGAAGCCAGACUGGGACCAGACCACCAGCAAUGCAGCAAAGGAUGUUCUCUAAAUAAGACCAUGGCGCGUAAGAAAAUUAACUACCUUCUCAUCUACCUCAGUUUUUCAGUGCUCAUCUACAUAAAAAAUUCCUUUUGCAAUAAAAACUACACCAGGUGCCUCUCAAAUUCUUGCCAAAACAAUUCCUCGUGCAAGAGUUUUUCAAAAGAUAAUAACUGCCGUUGUUCAGACACAGCCAAUAAUUCUGACAACGACUGUGACGACGUGGAAGACCCUUGUCUCUCCAGUCCCUGUCAAGGGAUCGCCACCUGCGUAAACACAGGAGCAAGGAGCUUUUUGUGCAAAUGUCCUCUGGGGUAUAGUGGGAAAGCCUGUGAGACUACCGUGGGUCCCUGUGGCAUGAGUUUCUGCCAACAUGGUGGUAUUUGCCGUCAGGACCCCGUCCACCCUGUCUGCAUCUGCCCUGUGGGAUAUGCUGGAAGAUUCUGUGAAAUAGACCUGGAUGAGUGUGCGUCUGGCCCUUGCCACAAUGGGGCCUUGUGCCAGGAUGGAGUCAAUAGUUAUUCCUGCUUCUGUGUCCCCGGAUAUCAAGGCAGGCACUGUGACUUGGAGGUGGAUGAAUGUGUUUCAGAUCCCUGCAAGAACAAGGCUACGUGUCUCAACGAAAUAGGAAGAUACACUUGUAUCUGUCCGCAGGAUUAUUCCGGUGUAAACUGUGAAUUGGAAAUUGAUGAAUGUUGGUCCCAGCCUUGCUUAAAUGGUGCGACUUGUCGGGACGCUUUGGGGUCUUAUUUCUGUGACUGUGCCCCUGGAUUCCUAGGGGAUCACUGUGAACUUGACAUUGAUGAGUGUGCCAGUCAGCCAUGUCUCCAUGGAGGACUGUGUGUGGACGGAGGAAACAGAUAUAGCUGUAACUGCACGGGUAGUGGAUUCACAGGGACACACUGUGAGACCUUGAUGCCUCUUUGUUGGUCAAAACCUUGUCACAAUAAUGCUACCUGUGAGGACAGUGUUGACAAUUACACUUGUCACUGCUGGCCCGGAUACACAGGUGCCCAGUGUGAGACCGACAUCAAUGAAUGCAACAGUAACCCCUGCCAGUCUGCUGGAGAAUGUGUGGAGCUGUCCUCAGAGAAACACUAUGGGCAGGUUGUUGGACUGCCCUCUUCAUUCAGCUACCCUGAAGCCUCAGGUUAUGUGUGUGUCUGUCAGCCUGGAUUCGCAGGAAUACACUGUGAAGAAGACAUCAAUGAAUGUUCUUUGAACCCUUGCCAAAAUGGUGGUACUUGUGAGAACUUGCCUGGGAAUUAUACUUGUCAUUGCCCAUUUGACAACCUGUCGAGAACAUUUUAUGGAGGAAGGAACUGUUCUGAUGUCCUCCUGGGCUGUACUCAUCACCAAUGUCUAAAUAAUGGAGUGUGCAUCCCUCAUUUCCACGAUGGCCAGCAUGGAUUCAGCUGCCUCUGUCCCCCUGGCUAUACCGGAUCCUUGUGUGAAACUAUCACUACACUGUCAUUGAGAGGCAAUGGCUUCCUGUGGGUUCCAAGUGGCUCAGUGACAACCAAGGCCUCAAUUUGUAACAUAGCCCUCAGUUUUCAAACUGUUCAACCAACGGCACUUCUACUUUUCAGAGGUGACAAGAACACCUUUGUGAAGCUGGAGCUGCUAAGUGGCUACGUUCACUUAUCAGUUCAGGUCAAUGAUCAGCCACAGGUGCUUUUGUACAUCUCCCACAAUACCAGUGACGGAGAGUGGCAUUCAGUGGAGGUGACGUUUGCAGAGGCUGUGACCCUCACCUUAACCGACGGCUCCUGUGAGGACAAAUGCAUCGCUAAAUCUCCUCCAUUCGAAAGCAAUCGGUCAACAUGUGCUUUUCAGAACUCCUUUUUGGGUGGUUUACCAGUGGGGACGACCAGCAAUGGUGUUGCUCUGCUUAACACCUAUAAUAUACCAUCAUCCGCCUCGUUUGUGGGCUGUCUCCAAGACGUUAAAAUUGAUGGGAAUCCCAUUACCCUGGACAAUGUUUCAUCCGGCUCGUCAUUAAACGUCAAGACAGGCUGUGUGAGAAAGGAUUGGUGUGAAAGCCAACCUUGCCAGAGCAGAGGACGCUGCGUCAACUUGUGGCUGAGUUACCGGUGCGACUGCUACAGGCCUUAUGCAGGCCCCACUUGUCUGAGAGAAUAUGUAGCUGGCAGAUUUGGCCUGAAUGACUCUACUGGAUACGCUGUCUUCAGUCUUGAUGAAAACUAUGGGGAGAACUUCAGCCUCUCCAUGUUCGUCCGAACACAUCAGUCGUCAGGCUUACUUCUAGCUUUGGAAAACAGCACUCAUCAAUUCAUCCGUGUGUGGAUAGAGCAUGGCAGGCUGGCAAUGCUGACUCCAAACUCCCCCAAAUUAGUAGUGGAGUUUGUUAUUAGCGAUGGAAAUUUCCACUUGAUAUCCUUGAAGAUCAAGCCGAGUAAAAUUGAACUAUAUCAAUCUUCACAAAACCUAGGAUUUAUUUCUGCUCCUACAUGGAACAUUCAAAGAGGAGAUGUGAUCUAUAUUGGCGGGCUACCUGACAAGCGCGAGACUGAACUUCAUGGUGGGUUUUUCAAAGGCUGUGUCCAAGACAUAAGGCUAAACAAUCAAAAUCUGGAAUUCUUCCCAGAUUCAACAAAUAAUGAAUCUAUCAAUUCAAUUCUUUUUAAUGUGACCCAAGGCUGUCCUGGAGACAACAUAUGCAAGUCCAACCCCUGUCACAAUGGAGGUGUCUGCUAUUCCCUGUGGGAUGACUUCUCAUGUUCCUGCCCUGCAAACACAGCUGGGAGAGCCUGUGAGGAGGUGCAGUGGUGUGGACUCAGCUUGUGUCCUCCUGGAGCCCAGUGCACGCUGGUGCCUCAAGGGUUUGACUGUAUUGCAAACACUGUCUUUAACGGACAAAGCGGUGAAAUAUUAUUUAGAAGCAAUGGGAAUAUUACCAGAGAACUCACCAAUAUCACACUUGGCUUCAGAACAAGGGAGGCAAAUAUGAUGAUACUGCAUGCAGAAAAAGAGCCAGAAUUUGUCACUAUUAGCAUUCAAGACUCCAGAUUAUUCUUUCAACUACAAAGUGGCAACAGCUUUUAUAUUCUGAGUCUGACAAGUUUGCAGCCAGUGAGUGAUGGCGUGUGGCAUGAAGUGACUUUCUCCAUGACAGACCCACUGGCCCAGUCCUCCAGGUGGCAAAUGGAAGUGGACAACCGAACACCUCUUGUGACCAGUACAACUGCUACUGGAAGCCUCGACUUUUUGAAGGAUAAGACAGACAUCCAUGUGGGUGGCAGAGCUACUGACAAUAUAAAGGGCCUUCGAGGGUGUCUAAGUACAAUAGAAAUCGGAGGCAUUUACCUCUCUUACCUUGAAACUGUUGGUGGUUUCACUAAUAAACCUCAGAAAGAGCAAUUUCUCAAAAUCUCUGCACAUUCAGUGGUUACUGGGUGUUUGCAGUCGAAUGCCUGCAACUCCAACCCCUGUUUGCACGGAGGAAAUUGUGAAGACAUCUACAUUUCUUAUCAGUGCUCUUGUCCCUUGGGAUGGUCAGGGACACACUGCGAAGUCAACAUUGAUGAAUGCUUUUCAAACCCUUGUAUCCAUGGCAACUGCUCUGACAGAGUUGCAGCCUACCACUGCGGAUGUGAGCCUGGAUACACUGGUGUGAACUGUGACGUGGAGAUAGACAAUUGCCGGAGUCACCAGUGUGCAAACGGGGCCACCUGCGUUAGUGGCAUUGAUGGCUACUCUUGCCUCUGUUUUGGAAAUUUUACAGGGAAAUUUUGCAGGCAGAGCAGAUUACCCUCGACAGUGUGUGGGAACGAGAGGACAAAUCUCACUUGCUACAAUGGUGGCAACUGCACAGAGGUCCAGGCUGAGCUGAGAUGCGUGUGCCAGCCAGGUUUUACUGGAGAACGGUGUGAAAAGGACAUUGACGAGUGUGCCUCUGACCCGUGCUUCAACGGGGGCCUGUGCCAGAACUUCCCCAACGGGUUCCGGUGCCUCUGUGAUGUGGCCUUCGCUGGCGAGCGCUGCGAGCUGGACGUAAGCGGCCUCUCCUUCUAUGUCUCGCUCUUACUCUGGCAGAAUUUCUUUCAGCUCCUUUCUUACCUCAUUCUGCGCAUGAAUGACGAGCCGGUUGUUGAGUGGGGUGAGCAGGAAGGCUAUUGACAUAGAUUCGAACACUCCCCAGUGAAAAAGCCAUCCAAUUUCAAGGUAUGCCUCGAAUCAUUUUUGACCUCUGG